GCUACUUAAGGUUGCUGUGGACGGCAUGUCGGGGUCGAGUAUCGUAGAAGACGCCUGAAAUGGCGCAACAAUCACAACGGUCAAGGUACCGUCCCGCCCUUGGCAGAGUAGGACAAUGGCAAUCUAAGACAACCAAAUGCCAACUCGGGUGCCCCUUUUGCCUAUCCCCAUUGUGUUUUGCCUUUAGGGGCUUCCCGCGGGUUGCGAUGGGUCUGUGGUGUUGACUGAGUGUUGCUUGGCGGCGGCGGAGUGGAGGAGACGAAACGCCCGCCCGCAGGCCAUCGUUGUUGGGGACGGCGCCAUGGGUGCACCCCGAGGCAUUAUCCACCUUAAGCGAUAAAUAGCUGUGGUCACCCUCAGGCGCCGCAAGGGAACCCCCUCCCCCCCACGUGCAAGUAGUAGGGAGAAUUCACCGGAAACCAGGAGAGUCCUUUCGGCAUUGGCGAAAAACGUGUUGAGCUGGAAAGGCGAUGAAAGGGUACGAAUGGAUGUGAGUAAGACUGGGCGUGGCAACGUGUAACGGGGUGUGAUGUAUGUUUGAUCUGAAACUUAUUAUCAGCUGAUUUGCAUCACUUUCGUUAAAAAUUAUCUAUUUUCACAGGUUUGUUACAAAAUAUAUUGUUUCGCUUUGAAGACUAUGAUAUCGUUUAGUUUUUAAAAACUCUUAUUUUGUUUAAUUGAUUUAUUGUUUGCAAUGAUUCUUAAUGCAGGAUUUGGAGUUUGUAACUCCUCAAAGCUAUAUUUUUCGGUUUUAUUUGGGAAGCAGUCUUAAUUAUUUUUUUCGUGUCAUUAGUGUCGCGAACAAGUUUUACGCGUAAUACUCUAACUUAGAUACUCUUCCAAUAUGCAUGGUAUACUUGUGGAUAGUAUCGAUCAUGUUGUUUCCCUUUUUAUUAAGUGAAUUUAAUUAAGUUUUCACUUUCUCAACUUUUAUCUCCAAAGGCGUACAUGAAAGCCCUGGCCCAGACACGCUUGACAACAAAAGCACAGAUAAUGAGACGUGACUGCCAGUAUCGUAGGUUAGGUGUACUAUUCACUGCGACUAAAUAAUUUGUUUUUAUUGUAAUCUAUUUUCCUUUAUCUAAUGAAAAAUGUCAUUAUUUUUCUAGUUCUAAAUACUGGUUUUAUAUUUAUUUAAUCUUUCUUUUUGUUUUCUCUUUUAUUUGCAUUUCUUUAUUUAAUAAUAACUACAAUAUUUAAUAACUGUAAAUAACUAGGAAUUUAUAUACAUAGCAGAUAUUUUCAAAACUUUAAAAUAUUUCAUAACCUUUGCCUGAAAUUGAUCGAUUAUAUUCAGAUGGGAAGUGGCUUUUCCAAGCGCAAAGGUAUCGAAGUCUUUCCAAAGGACAGCAAUGACCAUACGUCCGAAAAGAAAGAUACGAGCAUCUCUGGUCCUAGUACCAUGGUUUCUUUGAGUGAAGAACAAUUGGAAAUCCAACCUACUACUGAGCCAGAAAAAAAAAAGUCAAUUAUACUAAAAACAUCAUUAUUUGGGAAAAAAGAUGAAACUGAAAACUUACCUCGUAGGUCACGUGUUUCAACUAGGAUAGACGAUGAUAUGGGAUCGCAUGCAUUUCGUAUCCAACGCAUGGUUCGGGUACCAACAAAGGCAACUCUGAAAAAUGAUAGUCUGGAAUGAUUUUACCCUGGACUUGAACAAAACAAAUUCGGAAUAUAUAUUAAGAUCAACUAAUAUAUCGAAAUUAUUGUAUCGAAAAUGUUAGAAUAGAUGUGAAAACGCUUUGAAGUUACUUAACAGACUCAUGUGUUAUUUUCAUUUUAUUUCUAAUAUACACUCGCUCUCCUGAAAAGUUUUUGAAUGCUUGAAUUCCCAUGUGUUGUCUCCGAUAUGUAGGCUCCUUUCUAUUGUCAAGUGCUGUAUACUUAAUUUAUUAAUUAAACGGAAUAUUUAGAAAAAUCAUAUACUUAUCCAGGAAUAAAACUUCCUAUAAAAGCGUUGGUAUAUGCAUCGCUGCAAAUAGCUAUAAGACAAUCCUUUUCGAAUAUUUAGUUGAAUAUACCACUGGUCUUUUAAAGAUAAUUUUGUAGUGUAGAAUAUUUUUAACACCCUUUACGAUAUGGAUUUUUUAUGGGGAGUUAGUUUAUUAAUUUACCAAGUAGACAACUUCAUAAUCUAAUAUCCAAAGUGGUGCGCUGCCCUAAGGUAUUUAAAGUAAUGGAUAUAAAAUGUAUAUCAUAAAAUUACAUCCAUUUUGUCCAUAUUAAAUUGUCAUUGGUUUCACAUAUUAGGUUAUUUUAUUAUUACGAUCCUUUAGGUUAAAACAAUUUCAGUCGUGACUAAGAAUGUGUAUGUGUAUUGUGAUCUUAUUUUCCUAUUUCUGUUCGGCAGUGGAUAAUAACUUAAAUCAAGUCCUCCGGAAGGAUAUUCAUCAUAUCUUCUUUCAAGUAUAUAUAUAUGUACAUAUAUAUAUAUAUAUGAAAGACACACAUUAUUAGAAUGCAUUUCAUGCUUCAUUUGUUUCUUUCUCACAUGAGUAUUAUUGAAUAUUUUACUAUUUAAUAUUUGAAAAGGGUAUUUUAUUCUUACUUUAUUGCAAUAUUUAGAUAAUAACUCGAAUGGACUGCAAAUCUGUGAACGCAUUAAUAUUUGAAAAAAUGACAAAAUAAAUUAAUUUUGAUAUAGCUUCAGAAUUUUUAUUAUCGUUCAUUUUGCCUUUAUGACGAAAAGGUGACUUUUAAACUCCACAUCCCUAUUUAUAGUAUUUAUUUGAAGUGCACAACUCGUAAACAUGGGAUAUACUUGUCUGUGCAGUAAAGGUGUUUUGAAUCAACCUUUGAAACUUAUAUUUAAUACAGAAAUUGUGUAUGCAUUUUGACAAUGCUUCCCCUUUAUUCAAGGCCUGUUCUUCUAAUACCUAGUUGCAAUUUAUUGUUACUAUAAAGACAAAUAUUUAAAUUAAUUAUGUGUAUGUAUAAAUAUACCUCUCUUUUGGUUCAUCAAAAUCUAUACAUAUACGUGCAAUUUAUUCUUCGCACUCACAAGGGUAUUAAAAUUUUCCCAUAUUUAGGCUGUAAGCUUCUUAUUUUACGCUCUAUAUAGUUAAAAAAGGAAAGGGCAAAGUACGAUCCACGGACAUGUGGCCUGGAUCCAAAGGGUUUUCCAGAACCAUCGUAAAAAAAGAAGCUACCAGUACUGUUACGAGUGUUAUGCAUGACUCAAAUGAGUUCUUUUCCCCCAAAGAUGGGGAUGUCAUCGUAGUGCAUGAAACGUCAACGGUGCGAGAAGGGGCAUCCAAUGUAGUCCUUUGCGAUCCACCUCCUUUCCAUGGCAUGUGCCCGCAGGUUGACGUCCGAAAAGAUGCAGGACCUGUGGCGGUCCUAUCCCCCACUCCUCCGCACAGCUCUGCCGUGGUUCAUACUGAAACACACUCUCAAAACACAUUACUGGAUUGUACUAAAGAAUCAAAUUCACAUCUGGCGUGGUGGAAGCGAAUCGGAAAAAAGAAAUGGUACCACACGCAUCUAGCACCUCAUUCAGUUCGACAUUACCAUUGCAACCCGUGUGUUUCAGACGUCAGGAAUGAACUACAGCCAAAGUGCAACUUUCUCACAUCAGAAAAUGCGCGAAAUACUUCACAAAAUUCAAAUGAAGGGCAAACCGAUAAAAGUAACCCAAUGGCAACCCUGAAGUCUGUAUCGAACACUUAUGAUUUAAUUCAUGUUCAAGGAAACCACCCUGAUCCCGAUCAAGCCAAUAUGAACGAAGAUGAGAUAGAUAGAAAGAUCUCUUUUUCAACAACACCGUUGCUACUUGAGGCUCACAAUGCAAUUACAGAUUCACUGCUAAAAAAUGAAGUUCCCGAGAGUCAAACUAUGUCAAUUUCGUCUGAUAUGUUGCCUUUGCCAAGCUUUUUGCCAAUCACAAGUGAUGACAUGGCAACCUUUUCUGCUUCCAGUGAUUUUGGAAGUCGACAUGAGGUAUCUUCAUUCUGCUACAGCAGAACACUGAGAGGUAAGGAUAAAUAUUUCAAUUUGACGCAUCCACUUCACGACAGGGAUAGUGCCUAUCAUUCGUUUCCACCAUAUUUUCCUAAAGAACGAAGGAAAAAAGAACAUCUACUGCGUCCUGUGAAAAUGACCGAUACCAUAGAGCAUUACAAAAAUAGUCAUUUUACAACCUCCAGUGAACUUCAGGCCAGCUGCAGUGUGAUUGAUCGCAGCUCUGCUCGCUGUUCUAACAAAAGCAAUUGGAUUCCCCUCUCAAGUAGUCAUAGGUAUAAUCAACCCAGUUCUAUCAGUUCAGAGGAUAUGAUACGAACGUUAGCGCAUGGCAUGGCACUCAGCGGAUUUAAUUAUAUUGCGCCCCUGACUAGAUCUCAAAAACAUUACAGUAGUGGCGUGUUUCCGUGUAAUUCUAUACGAUCAGUAUCCUCUAGUACAGUACCUUUAUGGUCUCAAGAAAAUCAUCCCCCUAGCUUGGAUGAACCGGGCGACAUACAUCUUCCCGGCGAACUCGAACAAAAUGCCUUCCGCGAGGAUGUCAUUUCUUGUCAGGAUGCAAAUGCACCAGGGCCAUCUAAGAGGCAAAAUAUAGGAUCAUCGUUAGAAAAUGUUAAAUCCUUUAGUACCCCGAAUGACAAUAUAACCCUCAUCCAUCCAACCACUUCGAGUGGCCGAUCGCGUUCUUUGUGGGGCCCACCGACGCGCGUCUCUAUGCGUUCUGAUAAUAAUGUCGGACCACCUUCCAUUAGUAACCAUGAGGGUUUCUUUGUGACAGCCCCUCCACACAAAGAGGACGAAAGAGGAGUCAUCGCAGCAAUAAAUCCAAACAACGUAUCGGAUUCCUCGAAGCAACCUUCGCUACCCUUUCCACCUCGCAUAUCCCGAACCGCUAUCCGAAAAGAAGCCAGCAAACAAAUUCGACGUUCCUCUUCUGAACCUGGUGACUUGUUAUUUCGUGAAAAGACCACCUCGACCUCAUUCUUCCCACUGCGUGGAAAGUUAUCCCUGGUGGACCAUUCCCCUCCACUCGCCCCGCAGACCGAUCCACGCGAAUUAAAAGAAACAAAAAAUGGAAACUCCAAAUCGGUCGUUGGAUCGGAUCCUCCUCCCACCUCGCCAUGUUGGACCUCACGGAAUGGCGCUUUACACGAGUCCUCCCCCCUCGCAUGGGGUCAAUGGCGAGGUUCGAUCACUCACGGACGGGCCUUGCGCAAAACUAAUUUUUUAAUCCGCUUGACGACCUGCGCAUCCUCCGGGGACUCCACCUCGACCCCAUCGGGCUAUCGAAACCCCCCGCAAAGCCCCAAAACCCCAUCCCCGUUAGUUCUCACGCGGCCCUCCGGACCCCCUCGCGAUCUGAACGUAAACGAACAGAAAGAUCCUCUACGGGGGGAGGAACAUCACGAAAAGCGAUUGGUUGAGCCUUUUCCACGUCAAUCCUGCAUAAAUUCGGGCGUGGUUUCCCAACCCGCCCAGGUCACCUCCGCCGUACUUCAACAAAUCUCCAUCCGAGGCCAGCGUUCAAACACCUGCACCUUCGGGUUUGUUGUGGUCCCCUCUCCCCAACAAAUCGGACACCCCCCUCAAAUUAAAAAAAAUGAAUUUCUCGUAAAACCGCCCAAUUCACCUUGUAGACAAUUGGAAUCGAAGAGUGGGGGGAUGCGGGGUUCAUCUUUCACUACGUCUUUUUUGCAUCUUUCGCGGAAUUCCACGCGAGGGUGUGAGGGGGCAAAAGGAAAUGAAUCCCCUUUGCCAUUGCCUGCGGCGACGUGGGGAGGAGCGAUCGCGAGCUUCCCCACAGCAGUCUCCCUCGACGAGGAUAGAGAUUUCCCCUCGGAGCUCUCCCCACCCCAUGAAAAUCCUGCGAGUUUGGCAAGUUUCACGAACUUUGAAAACUUGGAAAGGCUGGAUAAGUGGGAAUGGAAGGACCCCAACGAAGCCUUCGAGGCCGAGAAGUUGGGGAUGAACCCCCCAAACGGGGUCACUCGUCGAAAUUUGGAGUGUUCCGUCGUUUCUGUAAUCGAUAUGGGAAUGGGCUACGAGGAAUUCCGCACCCAGUCCCCUUUAAACGGCAUUCGACGGACUUUCCCCCAACCCCAGUUGGAGGUGACCCCGUUAAGACUACCCAUAGAACCCUUACCAAUGAUCUUUCCGGAAAUGCUCUCGUUAGACCACCAAUCCACCUCCACCACUUUCGGAUCGCGCGAAGGGCGGAUGGAGCGGAUUUUGCGAAGUAGUGGAAUUGUGAUGUCGGCCGCGAGCGCAGCAGCCGCGGCCGCAACGAGUUCGAAAAUAAAUAAAAAGCCAUCGCCACUGGCGUCCCCCCUUUGUGCAUCAAUUUCGUGCGAAACAAUUCAACACGAAGGUUAUACCACGAGCUCCCACACGACUUUUUCAACCGAAACCUUCUCCUCGAGAAGUGGGAAAGGCGCCCAGUCGUGUCGAACGAUCGGGGAGUCGAAAAGUAAUAAUUUGGGAAAAUUAUUUACUACACGGCAAGGUCCAGUGAAAGUCCCAUCCUUUGUGAGUCCUGUAGAUGUCGAGGCUUUGUUGGAUGCCGCGGAGGAACGAAUGCGCAAGUCGGGAACCCGAAUCGUCCAGCUUAGCUAUUUAAGCGAUGGUAUUAAGACUUUUCCAAAAAGUUUUGUGAUCAGGCCUGAGUCCUCGGGGGUCGAGACCUCGGCGAGUUGUAUCUUCUCAUCAUCCUGCCCAAAGUCAUCUCUGGAUGCCACCAAAGCGGGGAUGGGGGCAGACUCUUCAUGUGUGAAAAAUACCAAGAGGAUAAACGAUGGAAUUCAUAUUAAGAGGGAUGAAUACGAGGGUAGUAUGUCAAUUUCUCAACAAAACUCCAUCGAUGUUUCAUUAACAUCGUUUGAGAAAGAUUAA